AGAGAGAUUUGUGGUGAAGCCAAUGUUUGUCGUCGAACUCCAGCAAAUAUGAGAAUGGGAAGAUAAUGGCCCACACUGAACAGGAAGGACUGAACCUUCGCAAUUAUCAAUUUGUGCCCUUUUAUGAUGCAUUCUGACAAAUCAAAACCUGGAGAAGAGUCUGGACAGCACAGGAACAAAGGAUCGCAUGUGGUUUUUGGACAUGUCCAACCAUUCCUCACACCAUCCUGAUGUAUUGAGGAAGGAUGGUUACUGAGUCCAGUGCAACAUCUUUUUGAAAAUCACUGGAUCCCAACAUCUCCAUGGAGGAAUUACUGGAGACUUUUUCUGCGGUGUGUACGCGCACAGAGAUGCCGUAGCUCUCUACAUGAGCCGUGAUAGAUUGAGUACUUUUAUGGAAAUUGCUUGGAAAUUUCAGCUCAGCUGAAAGACAUACGGGCAGCAAUAAUAGCACACAUAGAAGCCAGCGCCGGCGAUCUGUGUGUCUCUGCAAUAAGUGGCUGAUAAAAAGCAAUAAAUUCUCUAAAAUAAAUACAGUCAUCCGGUUGUGCGCCAUGGGCGACGAGGCGUCAAACUUCAGGGGAAGCAGCAGGACCGGUGUCUCAUCACCAAAAGCCAGGACUGGUGCGGAUCACGGCAGAGCGGAGAUUCUACUAAAUUAAAACUGAUCACAAUGAGAUUAAUGAUUUUUGGAUGACUUGUCAAAUCACCACUGUGACAGUUUUUCAUGUUAUUCAGAGAUUCAGAUCUGGGCUGUGCUGUGCUGGACUUGGUCACUUUGAUUUGUUCGCUCAAGUGGCAGAGAGGGAUAUGAAACGUUUUGUGCUUGAAAUAAACGAAUACAGCCAUAUCAUUUAGUCAACAAGUUUAAAGGGGAUUUUAUUUAUUAUUUUAUUUUGAUUUUUUUGCACUAUGAUGGAACCACCACCAUGCUCGAAGAAGAGCCUGUCGCUGUCGCUCCCGGUUCCCCGGGAAGGACAGGCGACUCUGAAGCCUCCGCAGCAUCUUUGGAGGCAACCCCGGACCCCGAUCAAAAUCAAACACCGGGGGUACUCCGACACCGACCGGCAUCACCACCGGCACAUGGAGCGCUCAGACGCCGUGGAUACGAGCGACCGACCAGGACUGAAAAAGUCUCGGAUGUCUUGGCCAUCCUCCUUCCACGGGACCACAAACACAUCCAUCGGAAAUUGUGUCGGGAAUAAACGCUUUGAUUCAGAGAAUGGUCCCUCGCCAGGCCGCAGUCCCAUGGAUUCGCAGGCGAGUCCUGGGUUGGUGCUCCACCCUUCUUUCCCCCAGAGUCAGCGCAGGGAGUCCUUCCUGUACCGCUCAGACUCCGACUACGACACAUCCCCCAAAACCAUGUCACGCAACUCCUCCAUCAACAGUGAGGGGCACGCCGAAGACAUGAUCGUCACCCCUUUCGCUCAGGUGUUGGCCAGCCUACGAACUGUAAGAAGCAACUUCACCAUCCUCGCCAAUGUCACAACACCCACUAACAAGAGGUCACCAGUGACAAGCCAACCCACUGUUCCCCAAGCUACACUCUCUGAGGAGACGUACCAGCAGAUGGCUCGGGAGACUCUGGAGGAACUGGACUGGUGUCUGGACCAGCUGGAGACCAUUCAGACCCAUCGCUCAGUCAGCGAGAUGGCCUCCAACAAGUUCAAGAGGAUGUUGAACAGGGAGCUGUCCCAUUUGUCAGAGAUGAGCCGCUCAGGGAACCAGGUGUCAGAAUACAUCUCCACUACCUUUCUAGAUAAGCAGAACGAGGUGGAGAUCCCAUCCCCGACUUUGAGGGAAAGGGAGAAGCCCAUGUGUCACAUCAGCGGUGUGAAAAAGCUCACGCACAGUUCCAGCCUUUCAAACUCCACCAUGCCUCGAUUCGGUGUGAAGACUGAACACGAGGAUGCGUUAGACAGGGAGCUGACUGACUUGAACAUGUGGGGCCUUAAUAUCUUUCGUGUGGCGGAGUUCUCUAAUAACCGACCCCUCAGCUGCAUAAUGUUUGCCAUCUUCCAGGAAAGAGAUCUACUGAAGACCUUUCGGAUCCCUGUGGAUACGUUUGUCACUUAUGUGAUGACCCUGGAGGACCACUACCAUGCCAAUGUGGCCUACCACAACAGCCUCCACGCUGCAGAUGUCACUCAGUCUACUCAUGUACUGCUAUCCACACCAGCUCUAGAUGCGGUGUUCACUGAUCUAGAGAUACUAGCUGCGUUAUUUGCCGCUGCCAUCCACGAUGUGGACCAUCCAGGAGUGUCCAACCAAUUCCUCAUAAACACAAACUCAGAGCUAGCCCUGAUGUACAAUGAUGAGUCUGUGUUGGAGAACCAUCACCUAGCUGUGGGCUUCAAGCUGCUUCACGAGGACAACUGUGACAUCUUCCAGAACCUCAGCAAGAGGCAGAGACAGAGCCUAAGGAAACUUGUUAUUGAUAUGGUUUUGGCAACAGAUAUGUCUAAACACAUGAGUUUGCUGGCAGACCUCAAGACUAUGGUGGAAACCAAGAAAGUGACAAGUUCUGGAGUACUGCUGCUUGACCAUUACACUGAUCGGAUACAGGUGUUGAGGAACAUGGUGCACUGUGCUGACCUGAGCAAUCCUACGAAACCCCUUGGUGUGUAUCGACAAUGGACGGAGAGAAUCAUGGAGGAGUUCUUUAGGCAGGGAGAUAAGGAGAGAGAGCGGGGGAUGGAGAUCAGUCCCAUGUGCGACAAACACACAGCAUCUGUGGAAAAGAGCCAGGUGGGCUUUAUUGACUACAUUGUCCACCCACUGUGGGAGACAUGGGGGGACCUUGUGCACCCUGAUGCCCAGGACAUCUUGGACACUCUGGAAGACAACAGGGACUGGUAUCAGAGCACUAUCCCACAAAGCCCCUCGCCACCUCCUGUGUGCCAGGAUAAGGAACUAAAUGCCUGCAUGGACAAGUUUCAGUUUGAGCUCACCCUGGAAGACAGCUCUCAGAGAGAACAGGGAGACGAGGAGGACAAGCCUACACCGAACCAUGUGGCACAGGACUGCAGUCAAGGGGAGGAGGAGGGUAAAAAAGAGGAAGAGGAAGACACAAUGGCAGAGGAGGAAAACGAGGACAUAAUAGAGGAGGAAGACGAGGUGGCGAUGGAGGAAGAGGAGGUGGAGGAGCAGGAGGAGGAGCUGAAAGCUCAUUUGGAGGUGAGAUCUGAAAAGGAGAGACUUUCUGACACAAGUCCUGUAGAGGAAGAGGAAGAUUCUUCUUCACAAGCUGAAGAUACAUGAGUUUUGCUCCCGUAUCUCCCUCCUCACUUGCACACAUUCUCUUGUUCAUCCUUUCAAUGGCCAAACCAAGAACAAAUAAGACUGCAAUGACAAUACAGACCUUUAAAUAUAUUUUUCAAAAAGGGAAUAAAUCAAAAUCGCUUAAAGAGAAGGUAAUUACACAGCAACUGUAGAUUUGGAGCGGUGACGAGUCCUCCGACUGACUUCACAACAAACUUUAGACUAAGAGGAAUUUAGGAGAGCAUUAACGGCGGGCAACUGAAGACAGCAAGCGUAGCACUCUGGAGCUGGAAUGCACACACACAAACACACAUAAAAUGAGACACAAACAAAAUUGGAGUAAUUCAUGCAGGAUACACCUACUUAAUGUGUGUAUGUGCAUGUAUCAGUCAUGCAAUUAAAUUUGACUCACACACACACACACACACACACACACUUGACCGUAUGUUUGCGUGUGUGCAUUUGCACGAGGGACACUGAUCAGUAAUGAAUCUCUUUGGAAAAAGCCAUCUCUUAAUGGAGUAUUAACUAGUGUUCAGUCAGUAUUAGUAAUUCAUGUUCAUUAGAACCUCAACAGAAACUGUUCUCCUCAGAAAAGCUACACAUCCGAGUGACUUUUUUUCCAUUUCUGUCGGAAAGAAAAAUAAGAAAAUCUACAGAGUUGGAGGAGAAAGAGGAGGAAGAUACUGAAGGAAAAGAAGAUGCUGCGACGAAGGGGCCGUCGGGUCCCAUACCCCUUUUCCCUUUACGAGGAGAGUGCUACUGGUGCAAGAUGGCUCUGUGCCUUUCUGAAACACCAGCUUCCUGAAUGGAGCUGUCGUGAAGCAAUGCAUUGUGGGACAGGAGUGUCUGAUUUUGUUAUCAUUUUUGAUUGUCUCUUGUUGAAGAUCUCUCUUUACUGUUCAUGGUAUUGUGGUGUGUAUCUCACACGUACAGUUUCUGUGGUGAUAUGUUUUUAAGCUGUAAGUCUUCCUUUUUUGCUCUUCUGGUAAUAUAAUAACUCAGAACUCUAGAUGCAGAGCAAUCACUAACCGCCACCACAACCACCAGUGGACUCUUUCCAGCUUAUGGUUUUUUCUUAUUAGAAUGAUUUUUUUUUUAACUUUCUGAGAAUAAGCCAUGUGAUGCUUUGAAGCAUAAGUUUUGCCUAUUUUCUAUUUAACAGUUGCUAAAUAUGUUUAAGGGAUACAGAUUUAUUUCAUCAGCAGAACAAAUUUUCACUCGCUAUCUCACACCCACUUGCACUGUGUGGUUAUGUCUCCUCAUACACAAUGAUUCUCACCAAAGUAAAGGAUGAGAAACUUCAGUGAGUGAGUUUUGAAGGAAAACAGAUGAAUAAGAAAAUCAGGGAGGCAGAAUGUCAGGAGAAAGAAGCGUGACUUGGCCAAUAGGUGGUCUGGCAGUCCCUAAUCAUCCUUGUUAUGUUUGAUGCUUUUUUGCCUUAAUGUCAGAUGCAGGAUACAUACCUGCCAGUAUGUAGAUUUAUAAGAUAUAUAUAA